GGCACAGCACUGCAGCACAGUUGUUUGCCAGGCUCUUCCAGCGCACUCCAAUGGAUAUCACCAUUCAUAACCCCCUGAUCCGCAGACCCCUGUUAUCUUGGUUGGCACCAAGUCGUAUCUUUGACCAGAUUUUUGGAGAGCAUCUGCAGGAGUCAGAGCUGCUCCCUGCUUCCCCCAGCCUCAGUCCCUUCCUGAUGAGAUCCCCCAUUCUUCGGAUGCCCAGUUGGCUAGAGACGGGACUCUCUGAGAUGCGACUGGAGAAGGACAAAUUUUCUGUAAAUCUUGAUGUGAAGCAUUUCUCCCCUGAGGAGCUAAAAGUGAAGGUGCUUGGGGACAUGAUAGAAAUUCACGGGAAACACGAGGAGCGCCAGGAUGAACAUGGCUUUAUUGCCAGGGAGUUCAACAGGAAAUACAGGAUUCCAGACGAUGUGGACCCUCUGACUAUAACCUCAUCACUCUCUCUGGAUGGUGUCCUGACGGUGAGCGCACCAAGGAAACAAAGUGACAUCCCUGAGCGCAGUAUCCCUAUCACUCGUGAAGAGAAGCCUGCCAUUGCAGGAGUCCAAAGGAAGUAGGCUGCUAUUUAAAGUUGCCCCAGGGGGCCAUUCAAGAGCACUUUUCAUUAGAUGCCAGCUAUACUGAAUGGCUACUCUUAUUAUUUAUGCUGAGUAAGUUUACUAACAAAUAAAACAUGAAUAAGCAGUUUGUAUUUUUUUUUUGUUUUGAGCACUGAGGACAAGGGAAUUGUUGGGUCACGAAAGCGGUGUAAGGUUGCUGUACAGGAAAACAAACCUGGCAUCAUUGUCGCUGACAGCUUGAGUGGCAGGUGUGUCCAGGAGAGCUUGUCUUGGUGUUCAGAACUGCUUUGCUAGUUUUACUUCUUGUACUCUAAUGUUUUACAAACGUCUAAUCGCUUGAGCCUUUUCCUUCAAUGUUGGCAGAGGAUUUCAUAGUGUUUCACAAGCAACAGAAAAGUUUUUCCAGUGGAGAUUAGGCUGGUAAAACAACGUCAUGACAAUCGAAACCCAUUUGAAGUGUGGGUAUUAGAUAACAACUGAACAGAAGACAACUCUAUCUUAAAUCUCUAGAAUGACUCAUGUUAUGGAGAAGCAUCCAAGUGCUGCAACUAAUUCAGAGCAGUUGCAGAUGAAAACUGCAUAGCUGCAGUAAACACAGAUAUAUCCAGAGACAAAAAAAACGUCCUGCUGUCAUGGUGCACAUCACUGAAACUAUGUUGUCAGUGCCCUUCAAAAAAUGAACAGGAUCUG